AUGCCACUCUACGCCAAGUUUUUAAAGGAGCUAAUGACUAAGAAGAGAAGCUGGAAGAACAAUGAGACUGUGAUACUAACCAAAGAAUGUAGUGCUAUCAUUCAGCAUAAACUGCCCCAGAAAUUGAAAAAUCCUGGGAGCUUCCAGAUCCCUUGUAUUAUAGAGGAAAUCACAGUAGAGAAGGCUCUAUGUGACUUAGGAGCUAGCAUCAACUUGAUGUCAGUAGCUAUGAUGAGGAAGAUGAAGAUUGAGGAGGCUAAACCAACAAAAAUGGCCUUACAACUGGCAGACCGAUCGUUCAAGUUCCCUCAUGGCGUAGUAGAAGAUUUGCUGGUGAAAGUGGGAGAUUUUAUAUUCCCAGAAGAUUUUGUAGUGCUGGACAUGCAGGAGGAAGCCAAGGCCUCCAUCAUCCUGGGAAGACCGUUCUUAGCCACUGUUGGAGCUGUCAUUGAUGUCCAAAAGGGUGAUCUCACCCUGAGAUUACACAAUGAAAAGAUGACAAUCAAUGUGUUCAAUGCCAUGAGUUACCCACCAGAACAAUUGGGAGAAUGUAUGAGGUUGGACUCACUUGAAGAGGAAGUGCAGGAGAGUUUUGAAGAGGAAGAACCUGAAGAGUUAACAGAGGAGGAGUCAACAUCUAGUGAAGAGGUCGCAACAACAGAGAUUCGCAUACAAGGUGCACAAAAGGAAGAGAAUGAAAAGAUAGAGGCACCCAAACUUGAACUCAAAGCACUGCCACCCACUCUCAAAUAUGCAUACUUAGGAAAGAAUGAAAGUUACCCAGUAAUCAUAAACUCAUCCCUCAACCAAGAUCAAGAGGAUGAACUACUCCAAGUAUUGUGA